AUGUUGCUAAGGGCAAUACACACAGCAAAACACUACUUGUAUGUGUAUGAGGUUGCAAAGCACUACUUGUAUGUGUAUGAGGUUGCAAAACACUACUUGUACAUGUAUGAGGUUGAAAUACACUACUUGUAUGUGUAUGAGGUUGAAAUACACUACUUGUAUGUGUAUGAGGUUGAAAUACACUACUUGUAUGUGUAUGAGGUUGCAAAACACUACUUGUACAUGUACGAGGUUGCGAAGCACUACUUGUAUGUGUAUGAGGUUGCAAAGCACUACUUGUACAUGUAUGAGGUUGAAAUACACUACUUGUACAUGUAUGAGGUUGAAAUACACUACUUGUAUGUGUAUGAGGUUGAAAUACACUACUUGUAUGUGUAUGAGGUUGAAAUACACUACUUGUAUGUGUAUGAGGUUGCAAAGCACUACUUGUAUGUGUAUGAGGCUGCAAAACACUACCUGUACAUGUAUGAGGUUGAAAUACACUACUUGUAUGUGUAUGAGGUUGCAAAACACUACCUGUACAUGUAUGAGGUUGCCAAGCACUACUUGUAUGUGUAUGAGGUUGCAAAACACUACUUGUACAUGUAUGAGGUUGAAAAGCACUACUUGAAUGUGUAUGAGGUUGCAAAACACUACUUGUACAUGUAUGAGUUUGCUAAUUAA